UCACCCGCAGGCUCGGCGGAGACGCCCCAGGCCGGUGACAGCCCGUGCCGGUGGCUGCCCGGGCGGGUGCCAUGGCGGGGGGCGCGGGGCUGGCCAAGCGCCUGGGCACCUUCGUGUCGGGGCUACUGGAGUGCGGCGCCUUCUGCGGCAUCAUCUUCGGCUGGGCCUCCCUCGUCUUCGUCCUGAAGGAACGGGGCUACUUCCGGUGGCUGUGCCAGCCCUCCCCCACCAACCACACCGAGGGGCUCGGUACGGAACCCUGCCUGCCCCUGUCCUCGUGUCCCCACUGUCCCCAUACCCUUAUGUGCCCUGUGUGCCCGCUGUCCCUUUGCCUAAGUCUCUGCUGUCCCCAUGCUCACGUCUUUGCUGUCCCUAAUGUCCUGAUGCCCUGCAGCAUCCUGUGUCCCCACUGUCUCCAUGCCCAUGUCCCUGCUAGACCCCGGCCAUGUCUCCAGUAUCCUCAUGUCCCCAGUGUCCCCACAUCCCCAGUGUUUCCCUGGGUUCCUGCUGUCUGCUGUUCCUGUGCCCGCGGGUCCCUGCAUCCCCUCAUCCGUAGGAUGGGGCAGGAAGGUCCUGAUGGCACGAGGAGCACCCAUGGGGCUGGGGUCACCUGUGUUCCCCAGGACCCCAUCCCCAUGUGUCACUGCUGUCCCCUCAGCUCCCUCUAUGCCGGCGGGACCCUGCUCGUCGCCUUCUCCACUCCAGAGCUGGCAGUGCUGCUCUUCCCGGCCAUGUCCAUGUUGUCGGUGGGCGGCAUCCUCCUCAUCCUCACCAACAUGCAGGUGGGCAACCUGUUUGGGAAGUACCGCUCCAUCAUCAUCACCCUCUACAACGGGGCCUUCGACUCCUCCUCCGCCAUCUUCCUCAUUGUCAAGCUGCUGUACGCACAGGGGCUGUCCCUGCAAGCCAUGUUCCUCUUCCUGGCAGCCUGCAGCGCCUGGCACCUGCUGCGCACCCUCUUCCUGAUGCCACGCACCCGCGUCCCCUACCCAUGCACGCUGGAGGAGCGUGAAAUGCAAGAGGCGGCUGCCCUUCAUCUGUGA